CUUAAUUCCUCGUAAGCACGAGGAAUUAUGACCUGAACAACUACAUGUAUCUUUAAUGGAACAUUAAAGGAGAACUGACCGACAUUUUGAGUUUUUUCGCAUUCAGGUUUUUUACUUACGCCCUUUACUUUUGCCUCAUAUUUAUUUUUGCCAUACGCAUAAGGAUUUUGAGGUUCUAUAGUAAUUCGAAAAACUUUGACACUUGAUAUAUUAUUCACGGCGCGUAUCUGCGAUCUGGUUAGUCAUGUCGAACAUGGAAACUGCGCGCUCGCAGUACAUAUAUGGACUAGUAGAAAAUGCUAAAUUGCUUUCUGUCGGUUCUCCUGAUAUUUACGGAGUUUCAAUGAAACUGGAUGGAUCACAAAAAUUUAAAAGAUGCCCCGCAACUGCGGCAAAGAGUACUAAACCCGAAAAAGUUAUUUUACUGGUGGGAGCAACUGGAGCUGGAAAGACAACGCUGAUUAACGCAUUCGCUAAUCAUAGUUUUGGUGUCAAAUGGACCGACAGCGUUCGCUUCGAAGUUGCUCUGGAGGACGAUGAAGACACAAAUCAAGCAAAAAGUAUCACAAAACAUGUUACCGUAUAUGAAAUAUCGCCAAAUCCGGCAGUGGCAUCGCAGUUUUGUCUGAAAAUUAUUGACACACCCGGUUUAGGUGACACGCAAGGCAUGCUGCGCGAUGAGGAAAUUAUUCGCCAGAUCCAACAUUUUCUAAGCGAUGAAAAUACCCGACAGCUUGGAAUUACGCAUUUGGAUGCGGUCUGCAUCGUAACCCAAAGUGCCAGACCACGGUUGACCGUAACCCAGCAAUAUAUAUACAAUUCCGUGUUGGCUUUGUUUGGAAAAGACGUUGCCGAAAAUAUAUUUUUGCUCUGUACGUUUGCGGACGAUAAAGAUCCUCCGGUCUUGGCUGCCGCUAAGAAAGCCGAAAUCCCUUAUAAACAAUGGUUUUCUUUCAACAAUUGCGCACUAUACGCUGAUAAUAAUGAGAACUGUGGUCCAUUCAGUACGUUAUACUGGAACAUGUGCGAAAACAGUAUCGACAAAUUUUUUCUUCAUCUCCAGCGGACUAGUCCCUGCCGACUGAAUCUGACAUGUAAAGUACUGCAUGAACGGCAUGCACUAAAAGAGGCAAUGCGGCUUUUGGUUCCUUUAUAUAUGAGUAAUAAAAAUUCAAUGGAAACGAUCCGGAAACAUCAGGUAGAGCUACAACAACUGGAGGCAGAAAUAAAGGCAAACAGCAAAUACGAGCAAGUGAGAAACAUCCCUUAUACGAGCAAAACGGAAGUUCCAGUUGGGCAGUACGCUACCAACUGCUUACGUUGCAACACAACGUGUUAUCAGUCGUAUAGGCAUUUACAAAACACCGAUAAGAUUCCCGCUGAGAUAAUGAUGGAUGGACGGUGUUUUGUUUGCCCACGUAACUGUUAUGCGUUCGAACAUGCAAACAUGCAGUACCGGUUCCAGUCUGGCUUCAGGGGCGAAGCCAAGAUAGACGAGAGUAUGAAGGAAGUUCGUGAUAAAGCUGAGGACAAAAAGAAGGCAACACAAAAUAUUUUAGAGAGUUUGACGGAUACUUUUGCAAGAAAUGUAUUGGAAAUGGCUGCACCUAUUGUGGAAUCGCUUGAAUGUCUACAGAGAAUUCAGGCGACUGCGCUUCUCCCUAACGCGAUCGGGAAUGCUGCUUACGUGGAUAUUUUAAUUGAAGCAGAAAAGUCCGAAAAGCGGACAGGCUUUUUGGACAGUAUUAAAAGGCUCACAUUGGGCGAUUCUAAUCAAACACACAUCCAUGUCAUUAACAUUUUUAUCGGUGACGCUACUGCAUUCAGUUAUUACGAAGUUGGACCGGCAUUAGACGUGGCCUUGGAGCGAGUGCAGCAGGACUAUCCGAUGACAUUUGUUAAUAUAUCCAGAACGACAAUCCAUUACCCUGGCACACUCAGUUGUGCCGAUGGCGCGGCCUUAAUUCCGGUCUUAUCAGAAACCAUCUAUCAAGCCAUCCUGCGAUAUCCUCACAGCUUUACGGUCAUGUUUUCUCCAGGGUGUAGCAUGGAGAUGCUGAAUCUUGGACACUCUGCCCAAGGCAGGUUGGAGAACCCAGUUGCUCAAAUGCAGCGAAUGUUUCUAAAUUACUUACACACGAUUCCUCUCAGCAAUCCAUAAGAGUUUGGAUUGGGUAAUCUUCAUCAAAUAAAGAUUAACCAUAAAAUGGGAUGUUCCGCUGAUUGCAUCGUAAGGUCACUCUUGCAAACGGCUUUUAAUGAAACAUAUGAAAUUUAAGAACUGCCUAUUUAACCGGAGGAAAAAGCCACAAUCAACCGAAACGCUGACCUGCGUUACAAAAAAAAGAUUAAAAUUCGAAAGUACCUUAUGCAUCCUUAGUAUCGUCUUUUUUAGUUCAGCAAGCGAUAGUACAGUACGCUUGCCGAUAAAGAACGUUAUCCAACGUUAAUGAGCUUUACAUCCUCGGAUGAAGUAGCAACGUUCCGGAGUUUCAAGCUAUUAUUAGACAGAUACCGUUGGAGUAACAUUACGCUCUUGUGCGAUACGCCCAUGCAGUUCCAGCAAAGGGGUGUGUCCUAUGAUAGCCUGCCACGAUCUUAAGCGGUCUCUAGAUGGAUCAACGACAACCAAAUAUCUUACCUAUAAACUGGAAUUCAGCUCCAGAGGAAGUCAAGACUCCACAACACUCCUGUCACGGAUGCAGAACCAAAGCCGAGUGGGAGUGAUCUGCGCUCAUCCUCGUGUUGUUCGCGAUAUUAUGGUGACGGCAAAUCGCCUAAACAUGACCAACGGCGACUAUAUAUUCUUCACUCUGCAAAGUGCAAACCACACGGGUGCCAGGUCAAACGGAAAUUCUUUGGCAGUUUUUCGAUGGCAACGACGAAGCAGCUCACGAUGGCUUCCAGUCACUGAUCAACUUCCAGAACCCGAAUCCAAGAUGGGAACUUAUCGACGAUGAACUGGAAAAAGCUAAUACUAUUUCGUUCUAGCGUUACAACCGCUCAGUAUCUCGCAAUGACAGCUUAACGAUCUGGCCAUUUCGGGGUACGAAUCUGUGAUUGCGGUUGCUAGCGUUUUGGACGAAGUCCGAAAGGAGAUCCACGCCUUAACGGGAACCAGUUUUGUCAAAAGAUUCUACAAUCGAUUGUUUAACAUAUGCUUCCGAAAUUUUUCCAUCAAUGAAAACGGAAAGCGAGUGAACGAUGUUUACCAUCGAUUCAACGCCGAUACCGGCGUUUUUGAGUCAAGAAAG